AUGACCAAGUUUUCAUUAUUCAAGACACAGACGGAGUACCAUGAUAAAUUCAGAACCUACUUAUCUGACGUCAUAGAAGACGCCGUUGUGCACGAUGCAAGGAUACGCCCGAUGACAGAUCAAGCAAACGCCGUAGACAUUUCUGUGGAAUUUCAGAUCAUAUCCAUAAGUAAGCUUGAUACAUUUUCCGGUUCCAUGGAUUUCGCUGGUAGAUUAAAAAUGAAAUGGACAAGCGAAGAAGAAAUAGUGCGGCCUGAUGAACAGAGAAACUGGUUGGACUUUGAUGCCAGACUUGUAGACCAAGAUAGUAUCUGGACACCCGACAUCACUGUGUAUAACUCAAUGGGCGAGCGGAAGCGACUUGGAGAUUCGUCAUUCCGUAUUCAAAUAGACAUGGACGGUAGAUGUGAAUGGUUAUUGGGAGUUGUGGAUUCCACUUCUUGCACGUUUGAUGUGACUUUAUUUCCGUUCGACAAACCAAUUUGUAACAUCGUUUUCACUACAUGGAAAUACAAAGCUGCUGAAGUUCUAUUAUCUGCUCUCAAUGAUAGUGUUGAUAUGUCAUUAUACAACGAAAAUAGUGAAUGGACGAUAGUUAAUACUACUUCAAAUCUUACAAUUCAAAACGAGGUUUCAUAUCUUAACUAUACGAUUUACUUUAAACGUGAAGCUGGGUUUGUUUUAGUGAAUAUGAUUCUUCCCGUAAUAGUAGUAUCCUUACUAAAUGCAUUAGUAUUUUUAGUUCCUGCAGAAUCAGGAGAGCGGUUAACUUAUGCCAUUUUAUUAUUUUUAUGGUUCGCGGUCUAUCUUGAUAUCAUUUCCACGAACUUGCCUAUAUCGUCUGAAAAUAUGUCAAAUUUAUCUUUAUUUGUUAUUUCGAUGGUUGGGUUAAGUAUUUUAACGAUAUUUUUGGAUGUUAUUAGUGUAAUGUUGUACAAUCGCGAUGACAAAAAACAAGUGCCUUGGUGUAUCGAAGGUUUUGUUCGAUGUUUACGCUGUCGGUGUGGUGGUAGUAAUCGUAAUCGAAUUAUUCCUUUCGAAGACGUUGAAUCAUAUGAUCAGAACGGCGAAACGCAGAUGCUAAACGGAAAGGCACCAACGACUGUAGCGCUUGGCACGAAAAGUAAUAACAAAGUAGAAUUAAGACUGAGAGACUUUGAAAUGCCAAGAGAUGAUUUAAAAAGAAAAGAAAACAUUGAAAAUGAACCUAGGAAGAGAAAAUCAGAUGAAGUUGAUUGGAAAGUCGUAUCUGUUACAUUUGAUUAUAUAUGUUUUGUAUUAACCCUGCUUUGUACUUUAGGACUUUGUGGUUACUUUCUUGUUCCUUUAGUAACUGCGAAUUCAUAG